AUGGCCGAUUCAAUAGUGAAGAGGCCCAUUGGGAUACUCGAUGAUGUGUUCGUGAAAGUGGAGUUCUUUAUAGUUUUUGAUGAUUUUAUGAUUCUUGACUUUGAGGUAGACUUUGAGGUCCCUAUUAUUCUUGGUAGGCCAUGCAUUGACACUGGUCAAGCCUUGGAUGAGAGUAUGUCUAAAGUGCAUAUCGAAGAACGCCCAGGUGUUGAGGCACUAGAAGUAGUGAUCAUUAAUUUUAAAAGUGAUAUUGUUGAGGAGUAUGGGUCUUUCAUUGCAACACUUGAAUCAAAUGAAUAUCGAUCAAAAACAAAAAAAUUGGAGUUUGAUGUGAAGCAUCACGAGUCUACACUAGCGAGACACUCUAUUGAGAAGGCUCUAAAAUUGGAGCCUAAGGAUGAAGCUAUGCGAGAAUUGGGUGAAAAGACCGAAAUUAAUGAUACCUUCUCUGAUAAUCAUGAUUUGGCCGCUUCUCAUCAUUUGAUUCCAUGGUUCACUGAUUUUGCGAAUUAUUUGGCUAGUGAUAUAGUCCCAUCAAACUUAUCAUUCCAUCAGAGGAAGAAGUUUAUGCAUGAUGUUAAAAAGUUAUUUUGGGAUGAGUCUUACUUAUACUGUAGUUGUGCUAAUGGGAAUAUUCGUCGUUGUGUGACCGAAGUUGAGACGUUAACUGUUUUGGAGGGGGAUUUAUUAUGCUCUUUGGCCUAUCGGGCUUCAUACAAGUCUCCCAUAUUUAUGUCUCCAUACAGACUUGUAUAUGGCAAGGGUUGUCAAUUGCCAGUCGAGUUAGAGAACAAAGCCAUGUGGGCAAUCUUGAAACUAAAGAUAGAAUGGAGUGAAGCAGUGGAACAAAUACUUAAUGGGUUAAAUUAUCUUGAUGAGUUUUGCCUCAAAGCGUAUGAAAUUUCAGCCAUCUACAAAGAGAAGAUAAAGAAGUACAACGACAAAAAGAUUGAAAAGCGAGAAUUUGCGGUUGGGGACUUGGUACUUCUAUUUAACUCUAGGCUACGCUUGUUUCCAGGAAAACUUAAAUCCAAGUGGACGGGACCAUUCCUUAUCACUAAAGUGUUUCCACAUUGA